AUGGCUGCUGCCGUGCCCCACUCCACGUCUCUCUCCCCGCUGCUUCCCCUUCUCCUGGGCUUCCUGCUCCUCUCCACUCCGCAUGGCAGCAGCGGCCUGCACACCAAGGGCGCCCUUCCCCUGGAUACGGUCACUUUCUACAAGAUUAUGGUGACAAGCUGA